AUGGCGGUUCUGCAGAGGAGCCGGCGCCGGCACCGCAGCGGACUGGUCUUGCUCUUCACCUUCCUGGAGACGCUGUGGGGCGCCAGGGCGGGGCAGAUGCGCUACUCCAUUCCCGAGGAGCUGGAGAAAGGCUCCUUCGUGGGGAACAUCACCAAAGACCUGGGGCUGGAGCCCUGGGAACUGGCGGAGCACGGAGUCCGCCUCGUCUCCAGAGGCAGGACGCAGCUCUUUACUCUGAACCCGCGAAGCGGCAGCUUAAUCACUGCGGGCAGGAUAGACCGGGAGGAGCUCUGCGCUCAGAGCGUGCGGUGUCUGGUGAAUUUUAACAUCCUUGUUGAGGAUAAAAUGAAUCUUUAUCCUGUGGAAGUGGAAAUAAUGGAUAUUAAUGACAAUACACCCCAAUUCUUAGCGGAAGAACUGGAAGUGAAAAUUCUCGAAAACGCACCUCCUUCCUCUCGUUUUCCAUUGAUGGAGGUCUAUGACCUGGAUGUGGGAAUGAACUCGCUUCAGGGCUUCAAGCUCAGCUCCAACAGUCACUUCUCAGUGGACGUGCAAAGCGAAGCCAACGGGCCCAAGUACCCGGAGCUGGUGCUGGAGCGUGCCCUGGACCGGGAGCGAGAGGCCGUUCACCACCUCGUCGUUACUGCCGUGGAUGGAGGUGACCCUGUUCGCUCAGGUGUGGCUCGAAUUCAGAUUACUGUCCUAGAUGCGAAUGACAACGCUCCGGUGUUUACAAAGCCUGUCUACCGGGUGAGUGUUCCUGAAAACCUGCCAGUAGGUACGCCAGUGUUGUCCGUAAAUGCCACCGACCGGGAUGAAGGAGUCCACGCGGAAGUAACGUAUUCCUUAGUGAAGAUAACUAAAAAGAUUUCACAGAUUUUCUGCUUGAAUGCUUUGACUGGAGAAAUUUCAACUUCUGGAGAUCUAGACUAUGAGGACUCGAGCUCCUAUGAGCUGGAUGUUGAAGCCCAGGAUAGGCCAGGUCUUCGAGAUAGAGCUAAAGUCUUCAUAACUAUCUUGGAUGUAAAUGAUAAUGUACCAGAAGUGGUAGUUACAUCUGGGAGCAGAACAAUUGCUGAAAAUGCGCCCCCAGGAACAGUAGUUGCUCUUUUUCAAGUGCAUGAUCGAGAUGCAGGACUGAAUGGUCUGGUGACAUGCUCCAUCUCCAGAAGUCUGCCGUUUGAAUUGGAAAAAUCAGUAGACAAUUACUAUCGAUUAGUGACAAGCACAGUCCUAGACCGUGAGCAGGUGUCCUCGUACAACAUCACUGUGACAACCACAGACAAAGGAACUCCGCCCCUGUCUACAGAAACGCUCAUCUCCCUAAAUGUGGCAGACACCAACGACAACCCGCCUACCUUUUCUCACACAUCCUACUCGGUCUACGUCCCUGAGAACAACCCCAGAGGAGCCUCUAUCUUCUCGGUGACCACCCAUGAUCCCGACAGCGAUGAGAAUGCCCGAGUUACUUACUCCCUGGCUGAGGACACCAUCCAGGGGGCACCCCUAUCCGCCUAUGUCUCCAUUAACUCUGAUACCGGAGUCCUGUACGCACUGCGAGCCUUUGAUUAUGAGCAGUUUCAAAGCCUGCAACUGAGAGUGACUGCACGUGACAGCGGUGACCCGCCACUCAGCAGCAACGUGUCGCUGAGCCUGUUCAUUCUGGACAAGAACGACAAUGCACCAGAAAUCCUGUACCCUACCCUUCCCAGUGACGAUUCCACAGGCGUAGAGCUGGCGCCGCGCUCGGCAGAGCCCGGCUACCUGGUGACCAAGGUAGUGGCGGUGGAUUGCGACUCAGGACAGAACGCCUGGCUGUCCUACCGCCUGCUCAAGGCCAGCGAGCCAGGGCUCUUCGCGGUGGGAGUGCACACGGGUGAGGUACGCACGGCGCGGGCCCUGCAGGACAGAGACGCGCUCAAGCAGAGCCUGGUGGUGGCCGUCCAGGACCACGGUCAGCCCCCUCUCUCAGCCACAGUCACGCUCACUGUGGCCGUGGCUGACAGCAUCCCCGACGUCCUGGCCGACCUGAGCAGUUUAGAGUCUCCUGACAACACGGAUGACUCAGGUCUCACGCUGUACCUGGUGGUGGCGGUGGCCGCGGUCUCCUGCGUCUUCCUCGCCUUUGUCGUCGUGCUGCUGGCGCUCAGGCUGCGUCGCUGGCGCACGAAGCGUCUGCUCCAGGCUUCGGGAGGGGUGUUGCCGAGCCUGCCGGUCUCACAGUUUGUGGGUGUGGAUGGGGUUCGAGCUUUCCUGCAGACCUAUUCCCACGAGGUCUCCCUCACCGCGGACUCCGGGAAGAGCCACAUUAUCUUCCCUCAACCCAACUAUACUGACACACUCAUUAGUGCAGAGAGUUGUGGGAAAAGCGAGCCUCUUUUGAUCCAGGAAGAUUUAGGUUUUUGUAAAGAGGAAGACUCUUUUGUUCAGGUAAGGUUUUUGCUUUUUUAUUGGUUUCAUUUGAACAGGAAAUUCUAAAAUUAUCUUUGAUCAAUGCUUAGUUUUCUUUGUUUUGCAGGAAAUCAUAUAGUUAUCAUAUAAUUCUGAGAAGGUUUUCCUUUUUAUGAAUAGAGCUCUCCUAAAUUUUAAUUUUCUUGAAUUUCAUGAAAAAAUAC